GGCGGCAUCAAGACAAUAUAUAGAAAAAAACUAAGCCAAAGCCAAAAGUUAAAUCCAACAAAAAGAGAAAAAAAACCUAAACGAAAACGAAUACGAAAACAAAAACACAUCAUACGCUAAACUAAAUCAAAAUCAAAAGCAAAAACAAAUACAAAUACAAAAUCAAAGGCACGCAAAGUCGAGCCGAGCCGAAGUCGAAGUCGAAGCCGGAGCCGAGACCGCAGUUACAGUCACAGUCACAGUCACAGUCGAUUCUCUGCAGUCGCAGCCGAAGCGAAAUCCCAAGCAAAGCGAAGGCAAAGUCGAAACGAGCCUAGAAGACUGACACUAUAAAUGCACACACACAAACAUACAAUUAAGAUGCGAGCAUAAAGAAAGAUGUGAAAGAUGCGCGACGUCAACUAAGCGACCGGAUUCGGGAUUGACUUUUGCCUAUUGUCAUUGUUAUUUUUGUUGUUGUUGUUGUUUUUUUUUUCGUUGUUGUUGUGCAAGUGUGUUUCAUUUGAUUUUGUUGUUGUUAUUGUUGUGUGCAAAAGAGAAUCAAGCAGACGACAGGCAGGCUUUAAGUGUGACUGUGUGACUGGCACGAGAGCGAGACAACUGUAUAGUGCUGCCGAGACGAGGAAUAUAGAAAGCAUAAGAAAACGAAACCGAAACCGAAAUCAAAACUGAAGCCGAAGCCGAAGCCCAAAGCUUAACUUCGGGGCAAGAGUGUGCGAGCGAGUGCGAGAGACAGAGACAGAGACAGCGAGAGAAGGCGGCUAGUUUUUAUGAUUGCCCCUUGAUUUAUGCCUUUUUGCCGUUUUGGCAUCUCUGUCUUUAAAACGCGCCGCGACAACGCGAAAUGCAUUAAGUGAGACACACACACUCGCACGCACACACACACACACACACAUGCCGAUGCCGAUGCUGUGUGUGGGUGUGUAUGAGUGUCGCGCCACGUCGCGCCUUGUGCUUUAAAUUGCCAGCCAACGCGCGUCGCAAACGCCUCGUUGCUCCCCUCCACUCCGCUCCACUCUGCUCCGCCCGCUCGCAACGAUCGUCACCAUCCUGAGCGCUGCAAGAGAUCUUCACGACAAUUGAAAAUAACGCGCGGUUUAUAUAGAAAGAGACUAAAAACUUACUACUACAUGCGUGCACGUGUGUGUAGGUGUAGUUGUUGUUGUGUGUGUUAGUGUGUGUGUGUGUGCUGCUGCUGCUGUUGCUGCUGCUGCUGCCGAGGCCGAGGCUAAAGCUAAAGCUAAAGCUAAAGCGGGCGAAUCAACACCAUUGAAGUGGAAGCGACAGAGAUUGAGAUUGAGAUUGCGUUUCAUAGAGCGGCCGCAGCGCAGUUUACGAGUGUCCAUCACCACUACAACACCGUGCAGCAAUGGAAGACUAUUGGGGUCUUAGCAGCACUACGGAUAUAAAUUGCACUCUGCCCGCCAUUGAUGAUUUCCCCAGAGAUCUAUUCACGGAGGCGCAAAGACAGUCCGGUGCUGUUGUACUUCAUGUUAUAGCCAGUUUAUAUUUAUUUGUAGCAUUAGCAGUAGUAUGUGAUGAGUACUUUGUGCCAGCUGUCGAGAAAAUCUGUGCAGCACUCAACAUGUCCAACGAUGUGGCGGGCGCCACGUUUAUGGCAGCGGCCACAUCGGCGCCGGAGCUGUUCGUCAAUGUGAUAGGCACAUUCAUCACAGAGGGCGACAUUGGUGUUGGCACCAUUGUUGGCUCUGCGGUGUUCAACAUACUCGCUGUUGCCGCCUGUUGUGGCAUCGGUGCCGGCAUGACUAUACCGCUGGACUGGUGGCCUCUGACGCGAGACAGCAUCGCCUAUGGAGUUACAGUCGCCAUCCUAAUCUGUGUGAUGCACGAUGAGCGCGUCGAGUGGUACGAGGCUCUCAUUCUGGUAUCGCUCUAUGCCGUCUAUUUGGCAGUCAUGUAUUUCGACAAAUCUUUCCAAAAGUGCGCCAAAGAACUUGUAGAGAAUCGCAUCUGCCAGAACAUGGCAAGCAUUCAGCUGAAUGGCGGCCUCAACAACGAUCAGUCCAAGGCGGGCAGCAAUACCACAACCACAACCACAGCUGGCUUAGGCGGUGGUGGAGGCGUCGUUGCAGCUGUUAGCAGCGGUCCAGCUGCAGGAGGAGUAGGAGGAGGAGGCGGUGGCGGUGGAGGAACUGGCGUUGGCGUUGGUGUGGCAGCAAUCGGACCCAUUGUCUCGGUCUCGGCUGUUGUGGACAAUGCGGAUCCUGAGUCCCAGCUCGCUGCGGUAGCUGCGGUGGCUGCGGCGGCAGCUGCUGCGGGUGAGGAGCAGGAACAGGAGGGUUAUUCGCUGUUCACAUAUCCAAAGGGUACGAGUUGUUUUGCCCAGUUCACGUGGCUGAUCAUUUGGCCCAUCCAUCUGCUCUUCCGCAUCGCGAUACCCGAUUGCAAAAAGGACAAGAGCAACAGGAUCUUCCCAUUGACUUUCUUCAUGUGCAUUGUGUGGAUCGGAUCGCUCUCCUAUGUGGUCGCGUGGAUGAUAACCAUUAUUGGCGACACACUUAAGAUACCCGAUUCGGUGAUGGGAAUUACGUUUUUGGCCGCCGGCACCAGCGUUCCCGAGGCAGUGUCCAGUGUGAUUGUGGCCAAACGCGGUCACGGAUCGAUGGGAAUAUGCAAUUCAAUUGGAUCGAAUACGUUCGAUAUAUUAUUGUGCCUGGGCGUGCCGUGGCUGAUAAAGGCGGUGUUUUUCCCCAUACUGCCGGGACAGAAUUAUGUGGCGAUCAAUUCAGCGGGCUUGGAAUAUUCGGCGAUCACAUUGCUGUCGACGCUGUUUCUGCUCUAUUUGACAUUCUCGAUGAACAAGUUCAAGCUGGACAAGAAAGUGGGCAUCGCCUGUUUGGUGAUCUAUUUGGUAUUUAUGGUAUUUGCCUCGCUCAUUGAGCUCAAUGUGUUCUUUCGCGUCAAUCUGCCAACCUGCGGACGAUCAUGAGCCAUUGUGGGAGCCUAAGGAGCUGCGAGAUAGGAAGUUAGGGAGCUGGAAGCUCGCGGCUGGAGCUGGAGCUGGGACUGGUACUGCAAUUGAAACUAGAGCUAGAACUGGAACUGCAACUGGAAUCUGGAAUCUAGAGCUGAAGCUAAUUAUAACUAAAGAGAGAGGCGAGAGAGAGAGAGAGAGAGAGAGAGAGAGAGGAAGAGGCAAGAGAGCGAGAGGAAGAGGGAGAGAAAGUGGGCCGAGGCAACUCUGCAGUGCAGUCGUUUUAAUUAAUUAAUAUGUAUUUCCUGUUCUAUUCUAUCUACCUUGAUAGUUGAGUUACCUUAUGCUACUACGUUAUGCUGUUAUUGUAAUACUUUUUUUUUAUUAUUAUUAUUAAAGUAGAAUGGAAAACUCAUCAGUGAUCACAUCGCAGUGACAUGAGAGAAUCAACCAAAAAUCAAAAACCAAAACAAACAAACCAAAAAAAAAAAAAAAACAAAAACAAAAACAAAACAAAACAAAAAAAAAAAAAAAAAACAAAAACAAAUCAAAACAAAACAAAAACAAACAAACCACAAAAACAACAAAAACCAAACAACAAAUUCAAUAAUGUAUUUAUAUGAUUAAUAUAUGAGAUUUAACAAAGAAAA